AUGGCGGAUCUCUCCGCAGAGCUUCGACCAUACGAGGAGCGCGCGGCGAAAGCAGAGGAGCGGUUGGCGAAGCUGGAGGCAAUGGUGGGAUCACUAGGGUCGUCGGCGCUGGUGGCGGAUGAGAAAGCUGCGCUGGCAGCGUCGUUGGAGGCAGUAAAGGCAGCACUGGUGGGGGCUAGGACGCACGUGCAGCAGGCCGUGCAGGACAGCGCACAGGCACAAGCGCAGGUGGCUCAGCUGAGUGAGGAGAAUGCAAAGCUCAAGUACCGAGUGCUGCACCUCUCACGCGCCCUUAGAGACGCCGACGCCAAGCUCGCUGCCCCUGCUUGA